AUGGAAGAUUUAGGCCUGCUGGCUGCUACUGACAGAGUGAUGGAAGAAGAAAUUCUCCUUCUUUCUAUUAUUGAUUCAGACAGAAGAACGUUUGAAAAGAAUUUUGAUCUUGAAAGGCUAACAGAAGAGGAGUGCAAAUUACUUUUCAGGUUUGAAAAAGCUGAUAUACACAUUGUAUUCCAUGCAUUACGAAUUCCUGAUAAAGUUAUUUGUCCUAACGGGAUUAUUUGUUCUGGACUCGAAGGGCUGUGUAUUUUGCUGAGAAGACUUGCUUAUCCUAAUAGACUUUCCGACAUCGGCAAAAUAUUUGGAAGACCAGAUUCAGUUCUGUCCUUUAUUAUUAACAACAUGUUAGAAAUAAUUUUUUCCAAUCAUUCUCAUCUCUUAGCUGACCUUAACCGCUCAUGGCUGUCAAAUCAGAGUUUGGAUGAAUUAUCUCAUGCUGUUCAAAUGACAGGUGCCCCUUUGCCUAAUUGUUGGGGAUUUAUUGAUGGAACUGUACGACCUAUUUGCCGACCAUCUAGAAACCAGAGGAUAGUUUUUAAUGGACAUAAAAGAGUCCACGCACUGAAAUACCAAAGCAUAGUUUUGCCAAACGGUAUUAUAGCGAACAUGUUUGGACCCAUUGAAGGGAGGCGACAUGAUGCCGGAUUACUUAGAGAAAGUUGCUUGUACGACCAGUUAGAGAGGCAUAUGACAACUCCAGCUGGUGAUGCAUAUGUGCUAUAUGGGGACCCAGCGUAUCCACUGUCUACUUUCAUCAUAACACCAUACCAUGGACGUGUGAUAUCCGCACAACAAGCCUUAUUCAACAAAAAAAUGUCAGCGGUUCGUACGUGCGUUGAGUGGGCAUUCGGGAAAAUUCUUAGCUUGUUUUCCUUUCUUGAUUAUAAGAAAAACCAGAAGUUAUACUUGCAGCCAGUUGGAAAGUACUUUUUAGUGGGGUCCAUUCUCACUAAUUGUCACACGUGCUUAUACGGAAGCGAGACGGGUAUGUACUUUGGUUUAGAGCCACCAACUCUCCAGGAAUAUUUGGCAGGAUAG